AUGACUGAUACAAAGUCACACGAUGAGCAUUUUCUUUCAUCUUUAUCUGGAAACAAGAGCGCCGGAGGAGAAGGCCUGCUAUGUAGGUUAAACCACCCCCUAUUAAUUUCCCGAGCUGAUCCGCAAAGCGUCACAGUAGAAGACCCUUCUCGAGCUCAACUUGUUGAACGACGACAAGGUCCAGUCAAUGGACAAAACCAUCACGUUCUCAUUGAGCCAGCUUCUGAAAAAUACAGAGACUCAAAGUUUGGGGGCCCCAAUACAUUCGGCAACACAAUCGUCAAGCAACUCAAUUACAUUGUCACCAACGAACCAGUCAUUGGCACCAAAGUCUUACAUAAAACCCGACUACUCGGUCAGAGUCAUUGGAUUAACGGAGUCACUGGGUAUUAUGACCUUUCUGAAAUACUUGAGCCAUAUAUACAAGAAGGUUCGAAAGCCGCCGCUGGUAUAUAUAGAUGCAAAACUUUAGGAAAACUUAUCAAAACUCGGCGAGCUCCAUUAUGGCCCUCACCACCAACUUGGCCUGAUUUACCUUCAAGAGAAAUUGCUGACAUACUUGUUGACUGUUACUUUCGAACAAUUGAGAUCAUCUAUCGAGUGCUACAUAUUUCUACCUUUAUAAAUAACUAUGAAGCGAUAUGGACAUCCACUCGGAAACCCGAUAUAGAGUUUCUCGUCCAACUCAAAUUAAUAUUUGCAAUUGGUACUGCCACGUAUGAUGAUCAAUUCUCCCUCCGCGCUUCAGCUGUCAGAUGGGUCUAUGAGGCGCAGACUUGGAUUUCGGAAUCAGAAUUCAAGUCACGAUUGACAAUAAAAUCAUUGCAGACUGAACUUUUACUUUUGUUCGCUCGAGAAACGGUCGGCAUUGGUGGAAGAUUGAUUUGGACUUCAGCUGGCACAUUGUUUAGGACUGCAGUAUACAUGGGGCUGCAUAGAGAUCCAGCUACUCUUCCAAAGAGAACUAUAUUUGCAGCUGAGAUGCGAAGAAGGCUAUGA